GUGGGCCUGCGUCUCCGGACCCGUGCUCUCGAGCCAAGCACGAUGAGGCGGGCGGCGCUGCGGUUUUGUUCUUUGAACAAGGGGCUGCUUACCCCUAACAGAGGACUGGCACAAGAAUCCCAGGAUCCCAAGAAGCAAAGACCCUUCCACAUUGAUGAAGCAUGUUCCCCUAUACAUGUGAAUAACGUUCGAGAUAAGUUGCGGGAAAAAGUAGGAGCAUCCACAAACUGGAGUGACCACAAGAAAGCAAUGGAGGAAAGAAAAUUACUUCAUAACCUUUUGGCCAAGUCGCAGAAAGAACUACCACCGAGGCGAAUGCAAGACAGCUACACGGAAGUUCUCUUGCCUUUGGGGAGUCAGCCUGAAUUACGAGAGAAGUAUCUGACUGUUCAAAACACCGUGAGAUUUGGCAGGAUUCUUGAAGAUCUUGACAGCUUGGGAGUUCUUGUUUGCUACACGCACAGUAAAGUUGAGGAAGCUCACACAUCUCCUUUAUCCAUAGUUACAGCCCUGGUGGACAAAAUUGAUUUGUGCAAGAAGAGCAUAAGCCCAGAACAGGACAUUAAGUUCACUGGUCAUGUUAGCUGGGUUGGGAAGACAUCCAUGGAAGUGAAGAUGCAAAUGCUUCAGCUACAUGACGUGGAGUAUAUCCCUGUUUUGGAUGCAACAUUUGUAAUGGUGGCUCGCGAUUCUGAAAAUAAAGGGCCAGCAUUUGUAAAUCCACUCAUCAUUGAAAGUGAAGAGGAGCAAAAGCUGUUUGAACAAGGAGAAUUGAACAAGGGGAGACGGAUUGCCUUUAGCUCCUCGUCGUUACUGAAAGUGGCUCCCAGUGCCGAGGAGAGUACCAUCAUACACGAGAUGUUUCUUAGCACGCUGGACUCAAAGACUAUAAGUUUUCGAAGUCGAGUUUUGCCACCAAAUGCCGUGUGGAUGGAGGAUUCGAAAUUGAAGAGCUUGCAAAUCUGCCAUCCCCAGGAGCGGAACAUUUUCAAUCGGAUCUUUGGCGGUUUCCUUAUGAGGAAAGCAUAUGAACUUGGAUGGGCUACUGCUUGUAGCUUUGGGUGA